AUGCUGAAAGCAGGAUUAACGUUAAAGUUACUAUCAAAACACAGUAAUAAUGUGCGACUUCUGGCAACUGCCGUCGGCUACAAGCAGGCGUUAGUUAAUAUUCCUCCAACAAGACUGACAGUCCUCGAUAAUGGAAUCCGUGUUGCUUCUGAAGAUUCCGGAUGUGCGACAGCGACUGUAGGCCUGUGGAUUGACGCUGGUUCAAGGUAUGAGACAUCAAAAAAUAACGGUGUCGCUCAUUUCCUCGAACACAUGGCAUUUAAAGGUACGAGCAAAAGAUCCCAGACGGAUUUAGAAUUGCUUGUUGAAAAUAUGGGAGCCCACUUAAACGCUUAUACAUCUCGGGAACAGACAGUGUUCUACGCUAAAUGUCUAGCAAAUGAUGUACCUGUGGCUGUCGAGAUUCUUGCUGAUAUCAUUCAAAAUUCUUCGCUCGCUGAACCUGAAAUCGAACGAGAGCGCGGUGUCAUUCUUCGUGAAAUGCAAGAUGUCGAAAGCAAUUUACAAGAAGUAGUGUUUGAUCACUUGCAUGCUACAGCCUUUCAAGGCACUCCCCUAGGUCAGACUAUUCUUGGUCCUACCAAGAACAUCAAGAAAAUUUCUAAAGCCGAUCUGCAACAAUACAUCAAGACACAUUAUCAGCCUAGCAGAAUAGUCCUAUCUGGUGCUGGUGGAGUAGAGCAUGAGAGACUUGUAGAUCUUGCUACUAAACAUUUCAGUGGACUGAAAAAUACUGCUUAUGACAUCCCAGAAUUGGCUCCAUGCCGUUACACUGGAUCCGAAAUAAGAGUUAGAGAUGACUCCAUGCCUCUUGCACAUGUAGCUAUUGCUGUAGAAGGUGCAGGUUGGACUGAUGCCGACAACAUUCCUCUUAUGGUGGCUAAUACUCUUAUUGGAGCUUGGGAUCGUUCUCAAGGUGGCGGUGCAAACAAUGCUUCUUACUUGGCUCGUGCAGCAUCAUGUGAAAACCUUUGUCACAGUUUUCAAUCAUUCAACACAUGUUACAAGGACACCGGUCUAUGGGGUAUCUACUUUGUAGCAGAACCCCUACAAUUGGAGGAUAUGGUAUACAAUAUUCAAAAGGAAUGGAUGAAGCUGUGCACUUCAGUCACAGAAGGUGAAGUAGAAAGGGCUAAGAAUCUGUUGAAAACAAACAUGCUGCUACAGCUUGAUGGCACUACACCAGUUUGUGAAGACAUUGGACGUCAAAUGCUUUGUUACAACCGUCGCAUCCCAAUUCAUGAACUUGAUGCUCGCAUUGAAUCUGUCACAGCGCAAACUGUUCGUGAUGUCUGUUCUAAAUAUCUGUAUGAUCGUUGCCCUGCAGUUGCUGCAGUAGGUCCUACUGAGGGAUUACCAGAUUAUACUCGUAUUCGUGCAGGAAUGUAUUGGCUCAGAGCGUAA